AUGACAGCAGCAGGUAUGACACCAACGGAAACGAAUACUUCGCCUACUGAUCAACAGCAUUUGCAUGAGCAACAAAAUGAAGAGUACGAAGACAAGGUCAUCCAAGAGUUUAGCCAUCUGUUGGAAAAAUCAAAACAACUGUUCAAUGGUUUAAGAGAUCUUCCACAGUAUGGACAUAAACAAUGGCAACCAUAUUUCGGACGAACGUUUGACAUCUAUACCAAAUUAUGGAAAUUUCAGCAGCAACAUCGCGUUCUUCUUGAUAAAAAAUAUGGCCUGAAACGUUAUCAAAUUGGUGAAAUCGCUUCAAAGAUAGGUCAACUGUAUUAUCAUUUCUAUAUUCGUACAUCGGAGACAAAUUAUUUGAAUGAAGCUUUUGCAUUCUAUUCAGCAAUACGUUCACGUGCUUAUUAUUCAAAAGUCAACCGUGAAGAAAAACCUGAUUUGAUGGUGAAAAAGUUACGCUACUACGCACGAUUCAUUGUCGUUUGUCUUCUAUUGAAAAAAACCAAAAUUAUGCGCGAAUUAGUACGCGAAUUGAAUCGACAAAUAGAUGAAUAUGUCAAAGCCUAUGAUCCAGAUGAUAGUCUCGAAUGGCAACUUGUUCUCAAUGAAAUCUCUUCAUUUAUCGAUGUCGAUAAUCAAUUGAACAUUGAUCAUGUUCCGAUAACACUAUCAUAUCGUUUAACAAAUUCGAUGAUACCGGCGUUACCACCAGGUUCAGAAAAGAUCCUCUCAAACAUAACAAUGUAUACAAUUGAAGAGAUCCUCAUCAUCGGAAAUUAUCAAGAUCAAAUUAAAUUUAGUGAAUUAACAAUUGAUAUGUAUCGAAUGCUGCAAGCCGUCGAAAGACAAACGAGUGACUCGUCGACAUCGCUUGAUGAUAAAUCAACGAUUCAACCGCCUGCAUCAACAAAUCUCCAACAACGCGACAUUUAUAAUAUUUAUGAUGGUGAUUUUCAAAAUCGGCCCAAUCCCCAUAAAUAUCUUCUUUACAAACCUACAUUUAGUCAAAUCUAUGCGUUUACAGCAUCUGCAUUCAAAGAACUGUCUCCUCAUGGUACACUUCUUCUCUACAUAUCAGCUGAUGGCUAUGACACCCAUUUCAAAAGCAAAGUCGAACAAUCGUAUGAUUUUGGUGGUGUUAAAACCAACAAUCGUCGUGACGAUACAAUUGAAAGUCCAAAUUCGCCGCCCAUGUCAGUAACAAACACUCUCGCGACGAAAUCAUCGCCAUCGAUGAACACGACAAGCGCAGCAUCUGCAACAGGAUCGAUCAAGGAUGCUCAUAAUAUCUUUCCAGGAGAUCUCUAUCCAUUUCUUCGUAAACCAUUAUUCUUAAUCAUUGAUAGUAACAACAGUAUUACAUUUCAAAACAUGCCGAAUUUGUUUGGUCAACCAUUCAUUUCCUUGCUCUCGCCUAUUAAAUUACCUGCAGUAUUUCAUAAUUAUCAAAAUAAAGGAAGUUUGUUUACACUAUUUUUGACCUCACCUAUUUACGCAUUUUGCUUCGUUUGUCAUCUUAACGAUCUGACCAAUGAACAAUGGAAUUUAUGUCAAGAACAUAUUUAUAAAAUCAUUUCUGAAAUCAUCAAAAUAUUUCUCAAAUCAAAACUUGUUGACAGUACAAUCUAUCAUUUUUUCGCUGAUGAAUUCUUACGUUUAUUUCUGGCGCGAUUCGUCUUUUGCUAUGCUGUCCUUCGUUUACAUCGAGCAUUCAAAGGAUCUGGCUUUUAUCCUUCAUCUCAACCACAACUAUCCAAUGACUUACUUGAAAAUGUUCAAGUUCAUAAGAUGAUUCUUGAAUUAUCAGCAUCAUUGAAUGUUCGACAAUUGUUUCUCGAAGGCCCACUAACGGCUGCUGAUCUGAUCACAUCUACUCAAUAA